ACUUAAACGAAGUUUAAAUUUAAUUUGAUCAGUAUCCACACAACGGUGUUUAAAGGACAUUAUCAAAAUGGCAGUUUCCAAUAUGAGUCUUGUCCUAAUCUUCAUGGUAACUCUUGUGACAAUUGUUAGUGGCCAUAGCAGUUUUAAUUAUGGCGGAGACUAUAGUAACCUCGGCGGUUUUAGCGGAGGAUACGGUUACGAUCAAGGUUACGGUGGCUAUGGUGGACAUAGCGGUUAUGGCCAUGGCCAUGGACAUGGACAUGGACACAGUGGAUAUGGACACGGCGGUUAUGGUGGAUACGGCCACGGCAGUUAUGGAAACGGCGGAUACGGCCAAUAUAACUUUGGACAAGGACAAGGUUACGGAGGUUACGGAUCAUUUGGAGGAUAUUUUAGACGUUAAGUGGAUAAGUCGUAAUUUAUUUUGUUAAUGUAACCUUUUGUUUAUUAAACCUUAAAACUAA